AUGUCCGUGCUCAUCGAUGAGUCGAUAGAAGUGGUCGUGUCGUGGGUGACCACAGCUUGGCGUCAGGUUCCGAAUAGUGUCGUGCAGCAGAGUGUGGACAAGUGUGGCUUCUUCGCAAACUCGAGCGACUGGUUUAUCAGUAAGCAAGAUGUGUACGGGUCGCAGUUCGAUGCUGCUUGGAGCGCCCGCAGCGAUGUGAGCUCUGAUUCCGACAUCGAGGACGACACUAACAGCACUUUUGAUGAGGUGCUUGACACGCUGGACGAGAUCGUGAUCAAUGAGUAG